AUGACGGUUGCUAAUCCCAAACUACACGAUAAUACAAUGGCCUUGUCCCUCCUCAAGGUAUAUCGAGCCAAUCGAUCAUUGCUACUAAACACUGCAUAUAUAGUGUUAAUUACCGCAGCAUUCACUGGUGCUGCAAGCACCGGUGGAAAAAACACACCCUCAUCAUCCAAGAAUGACAAGUCGGAUAAACAAUUGGAACAAGAUGUAAAAUCCAAAAACAAACACCCAAAAUUAACACGCCAGGCAUUUGAUCGGUUAUUCAAGGCAUGCGUCCCUUCGUUGGGCGACAAAAGUGUGCUCUACCUCUUGGCUCAUUUGGUUUUGCUAGUCAUUAGAGCAAUGCUCACCAUCAAAGUUGCCACAUUGGAUGGUCAACUAGUUGGCGCACUCGUCUCAAGAAGACUAAGAGUAUUUAGCAAAUACUUGCUCGCAUGGCUUUUCAUUGGCAUACCAGCAUCAGUAACCAAUGCACUUAUCACAUGGACUAAAUCCAACUUGAGUCAAAGCCUCCGAGAAAACAUGAACAGAUCCAUCAUCUCGGAAUAUUUACCAGAUAAUCUAGAUGCAAACUACUACUCCUUGAUCCACUUGAGCGGAAACAAAAUCAAAGACCCAAACCAAAGAAUCACCACAGAUGUGUCAAGAUUGGCAUACGCACUAAGUAGUUUACCAGGCCAAUUAUUGAAACCUACAUUGGACUUACUCUUGUGCGCAAGACAAUUGAGCAAAAGUGGUGUAGGUAAUGGCGAGGGAACAUUGGCAUUGGGUAUUCUUGCCCACUUUUCAACAACCAUUAUAAGAUUCUUUUCUCCGCCUUUUGCCAAAUUGGCUAGUGAACGUGCAAACUUGGAAGGCCAAUUAAGAUCAGCACAUUCUAAGAUCGUGACCAACAAUGAGGAAAUUGCCUUUUUGAGAGGACACUAUCGAGAAUUGGACUAUAUUGACUACUGCUACUACACAUUAGAGAGAUUCUCCAAAGGCGAGUACUGGAAGAAAGCCAUCCACGAGAUUGCACAAACCUUUAUUGUCAAGUACUUUUGGGGCGCUGCUGGCUUGGUUUUGUGUUCGGCACCAAUCUUUAUUGGCAAAUAUAUUGGCGAGGCCGAUGACAAGAACUCUGCCGGAAACUUUAUCACAAAUCGGAGAUUACUUUUAAGUGCCUCAGACUCUUUGGAUAGAUUGAUUUAUGCGAGAAGAUACCUCUUGCAAAUUGUUGGCCAUGCCACAAGAGUCUCUGACUUUCAAGAUACUUUGGCAGAUGUAGAAAAGAAAAAGAAAACAAUCACAUCCAAUGUCAAAUUUAAUAACGAUGAAAUCAACUUUGACAAGGUCAGACUACUCACUCCGGCAGACGUUACAUUGAUUCCCUCACUCAGUUUUCAAAUCAAAUCUGGAGACCACUUGCUUAUAGCAGGGCCCAAUGGUUCUGGUAAAUCCUCAUUGUUUAGAAUGCUUGGUGGGCUCUGGCCAGUUAAAGAAGGUGUCAUUACCAUUCCAACAUCAGAUAAUAUGUUUUAUCUUCCACAAAGAGCAUACUUGGUUCAAGGCUCGCUUCGUGAACAAAUUUUAUACCCACAUGCACCAGACCAACAAAAGAAAUCCGAUGACGAACUUAAACAAAUCUUGCGCGUGCUUAAACUCGACGACUUUGUAGAUCAACUAGAUGAGGUCAAGAGCUGGGACGAGGAAAUGUCUACUGGUGCACAGCAAAGACUUGCAAUGGCAAGAUUAUACUAUCAUGAGCCAAAGUUUGCUGUUCUAGACGAGUGUACCUCUGCAGUGAGUCCCGAUAUGGAACAAUUCAUGUAUGAACAUGCACAAGAGUUGGGUAUCACUUUACUUUCUGUUGCACAUAGACCUGCAUUAUGGCAUUUCCACAAGUAUUUGCUCAAGUUUGACGGCAAAGGUGGCUACUAUUUUGGACCUUUGGAUGCUGAUAAGAGAUUGAAAUUAGAAAAGGAAAGAAUAGCGUUGGAGAAAGUAUUGAGGGAUAUGCCAGUGUUAAAGGAGAGAUUGGCUGAGUUGAAAAAAGUUUCUCAAGUACAACACGAAAAAUAUCGUCACUAA